AUGUGGCUAGGGAACGAGCCAUCCAACUGGGGGGACAAGCUCUCAGCCAGAACGUAUAGCCGAAUCCUCAAGACUCGUGCGCCUGUGACCGGUCCUACGCGCGCAGACUACCCUGCUAAGGGUCCACGAACACCCUGUCAAGAGCGUUCGAGUUCCAACAUAUUCAAGUAUCUUCCAUUUCAAUUACAAAGUUCCAAAUCCGAGGAGGUACAUAGGGUAGUGCUUAUAGCACUCCAAACUGACAUUCUAUACUCAUUUCUUUCCACCACCUCAUCUCAACAACCCAAGUACCCCACACAUAGACAAAUAUAG